AUGGUCUUUAUUCUCGGCGUCAACUUCCCUGAGCGGAACCUGCUCAAGAAAUCAUUGCAGUCGUUCUUUGGCAUUGGAAACGAUACCUCCUCUCGUCUCCUCGCUCGCUUCAACAUCCACCCAACAUGCCGAGUAGGCGAGUUGGCCAACAAGCAGGUCCUUGACCUUACAGCCGUUCUUUCCGAGAUGAAGAUUGAGAAUGAUCUCCGCCGAGAAGUCUUGAAUGAUAUUAAGCGUCUGAAGGAGACUGGAACAUACCGGGGUCGCCGACACGCACUGGGCCUACCCGUCCGCGGUCAACGGACUCGCACUCAGAUCAAAACCCCUGUCAAGUUGAACCGCAUGGAGCGUCGACUGUGA